AUGUCAACAUUAUCCCGUUUCACUACAGCUUGGAAACAUAUAAGGUUUCCAUGGCGUUCAAUAGUUUAUGUAGGAUCGGAUAAUAUAGGUAAUGAGUAUUAUGAAAGCACUAGACAAAUUAAUGGUCGAACGAAAAGAAUGGUUGAAUUAAAAGUCAAAAAGGAUUUGAUUGAUUAUAGUGGUGACGAAGUCCCUGUGCAAUGGGAAAGUUGGCUGAGACAUACCAGAUACGAUCCACCUACAAUAGAAGAAAUCGUAUUAGCUAAUAAACGACGCGAAUUGAUUAUUGAAAGAGCGAAAAAAUUGGAUCAAGAAUACGAAGAGCGAAAGGCGAAACUUGCGAGUGAACAAUCGAAAGAUCAGCAAAAUGCUCCAACGGAAGCCGAAGGAGGUAAAAAAUCUUUUGCACAUGAAUUUCCUCCAACAAUACCCGGUGAUGCAUUUGAGCCCGAAACUUGGAAUCCAAUUCCCAAGAAAAAAUAA